GUACUCUUCUUGUGUCCUUGGUUCAAUUAGUGUUUUCGUAUGCUUCGGAGUUGAAAUUUCGUUACGGAAUCUUACAUUGCAAUCUAGGGAGAGUUCUGAUUUCGAGAUCUUAAUCUUCCGAGUCUUGACCUUAAGCGUUGUAUCGAUUCUUUUGGAUAUUAGUGAUAAUGGAGGGAGUUGGAGGUGACGCUGCCUCAAUGGCAUCACCUGUACAACAGCGUGUGAACGAGGCGUGGAGGGUGUAUCAGUAUUACUUAGACAAGACUACGCCUCACGCGGUUAAUAGGUGGAUCGGGACUCUUGUGAUUGUGGGGAUAUACUGUUUGAGGGUUUUCUAUGUUCAAGGGUUCUAUAUCAUUUCUUAUGCGUUGGGGAUUUAUGUCCUGAACCUGCUGAUUGGGUUUUUGUCGCCACUGGUUGACCCUGAGCUUGAUACAUCUGAUGGUCCGAUGCUACCCACAAAAGGUUCAGAUGAGUUCAAGCCAUUCAUCCGUCGGCUUCCAGAGUUCAAGUUCUGGUACUCCAUGACUAAGGCAUUCUGCAUAGCGUUUGUGAUGACUUUCUUUUCUUUCUUCGAUAUCCCUGUGUUUUGGCCAAUACUUCUCUGCUACUGGAUUGUUCUGUUUGUUCUGACAAUGAGGCGCCAAAUCGCACACAUGAUGAAGUACAAAUACAUCCCCUUCAAUCUAGGAAAGCAAAAGUAUGGAGGGAAGAAAGCUUCUGGCAGCAGCAACUCUCGUGCAGACUGAAGCAUAUGGAGAAAUAGUAGUUUAUGGUUAGUGAUUGGUCCUUAUUUCUCAACUCGUUGAAAAAAUCUGAAUGGAUACUCUUGAAACUGUCUUUUGGCUCCUUAGAGAAAUAGUAUAUAAGAUAGAUCUCUCUGGUAUUGAAAAGCUUGUCACUCAGAUUAGUUUUUAUGUAGAGGCAAGCAUCAUCAAAAAGCUUCUGUCAGUUUCACAAACUCGUUUUUGUGUAUACUGUCAUACUGACAGUGUAAUUCUCAUAAAAUGAUGAACGAUACCAAUGUUUGAAACGUUGGUGGUAGGCGCUAGUCGGACAAUCUGAGUUUUUGGUUGAA